AUGGAGAUUGAAGGAAACCCAGGGACAAAAGGAAAUGGGAAAGAAGUUCACAGUGACCAAAUAGCGUCACCAACAGCCAUGUUGGUGGCUGAGGAGCCAGAAGUCCUAAUACCAGCACCCCAGGUCCAGUUUUCUUUAGAGCCUGCAGGGCUCCCAUCAAACAGCCUGGAAGAAGAUGAUUCUGUCAAGGAUCUUGAAACCAUCCCACGAAGGAAUCCCCCCAACCCUGGAGCCUCCCUGCAGAGGUUCAGACAGUUCCGCUAUGAGAAGGCAGCUCGGCCCAGGGAUGUAUUUCAACAUCUGCAGGAUCUGGCGAUGGAGUGGCUGAGACCUGACAUCCACACGAAGGAGCAGAUUGUGGAAAUGCUGGUGCGGGAGCAGUUCCAGGCCAUCCUGCCUGAAGAGCUCAGGGCUCGGUUGCAGAGAUUUCGGCCUGGAGUCAGAAUUACCGGCUAG